UCCCCCCCCCCCCCCACCCCCUAAAAUUCAGUCUGGAAGGGACAGUCACUGGAGAGGACCCCCCCAAAGUCUUCCUGACUCCAUUGCUCUACACCUUUUGUUUUUUUCUUGACUGCAUCCAUCCUGCUUCUUCUGGAGACAGACUUGUUCAUUACCAGCUCCAUGAAAUGCUCCUGGAUGUUGUUGACUUUGUAAAGAGGGAACCCUAUUUAUAAAACUGGAUGAGUAUGAAUUCACAGCAGAGAAUGGCAGUGGGCACAGACAAGGAAUUAAGUGACCUUCUGGAUUUUAGCAUGAUGUUUCCACUGCCUGUGGCUAAUGGUAAGACCAGACCUACAACACUGGCCAGCACCCCAUUUGGUGGAUCAGGGAUAGAAGAACGAACUGGCUCUGGGUCUUGGACAGCAAGCGAUGGAUCAACAUUUGACCAGGGCAGAGGUUAUGGUGACACUAGUCAUUAUGAGGAACACAGGGAUAUACCCUCGCAUGAAGGCAAUUUGUCAUCUACAACUUUUCUGUCAUCAGGAUUUGUGGCAAAAGAUGAGCGAGCAUCAUACUCUACAUUUGGCAGAGAUCCCGAAAUGCCUGGAAUGAACCAGCCUGGAUUUUUGCCUGGUGAUUUGGGCAUAAAUAGCCCCAAUACGCUUUCACCCAGUGGAGGAAAAGGAGCCUCACACUAUUAUUCAUAUCCAACCAGCUUGCGGCGGCGUCCAGAUAGCAAUCUUGAUGUGCAACCUAAGAAAAUUCGAAAGGUUCCACCAGGACUUCCCUCAUCUGUAUAUCCUGCUAAUUCUGGUGAUGAAUACAGUGGAGACCGUGGAAAUUACAUUUCAAAGCAAACAAAUUCUUUUUACCCUGGUACAUUCUACAUGACAGAUGGACUACAUAAUUCAUCAGAUAUCUGGACUCCUUCUGGUGGAACUGGACAGGGCGGUUACAGUUCCAUUCUAGGCAGCUCUCAACCUUCUCUUACCCAGCCUGCAGGCUUCAGUGGCCUGCACCCCCAUGAGCGUAUGAGUUUCCAAAUACAUUCCAAUGAGGUGAACCCUGCUGUUUCCUCAAGCUUUCCUUCUGCUUCUGCACAGUAUGGAGUCUUAAGUCACACACCUCCUAUCGGUAGUGGGGAUACUAUCACAGGCAACAGAGGAACUACUGGGAGCUCAGGGGAUGCACUAGGAAAAGCAUUAGCUUCUAUUUAUUCUCCAGAUCAUUCCAGUGCAAACUUUUCCUCCAGCCCAUCUACACCUGUGGGGUCACCUCAGGGAUUAACAGGAACAGGACAGUGGCCUAGAGCUACUGCUUCAGGAGCAUUGUCACCGAAUUAUGAGGGAACACUACACACAUUACAGAACAAAAUGGAAGAUCGUCUCGAUGAAGCCAUACAUGUAUUAAGGAGUCAUGCUGUGGGACAGACUGGCACACUUCCUGGAAACCAUGAAGAUAUGCAUUCACUCUUGGAAACAGCUGCAGGUGUACUUGGAGCUAACUUUCCUGCUGCAGUUCUCUCCUUGGCAAAUCGUCACUCUAUGGUGACACCACAACUAGAGGAUGGUCUACCAAAUGCACCAAAUUUGCUUCACAACCCUGUUGCCCUUUCAACACAGCCUGGGUCUCUGUCUGACUUGACCCGGCAAACAGACUCCUUUACUGGACCCCCAUUGCUGGGCAGGACAGUUACGUCAACUGGUGUACAAGAUAUAAAAAGGGAAAAUAAAGAGGAUGAAGAAAAUAGGUCAGUGGCUGAACUGUCAGAUGAUGAGAAGAAGGAAUCUAAACCUCAAAGAAGUCGGACACGCUGCUCAAUAAACAGUCAAGAUGAAGAUGAUGAGGAUGAUAACCUUCCCCCAGAGCAAAAAGCUGAGCGUGAAAAGGAAAGGCGAGUGGCCAAUAAUGCCAGAGAACGUCUUCGUGUGCGGGAUAUAAAUGAGGCAUUUAAAGAGCUGGGUCGGAUGUGCCAGCUGCACCUUAACAGUGAGAAGCCCCAGACCAAGCUCUUGAUACUGCACCAGGCGGUGUCUGUAAUUCUCAGCUUGGAGCAACAAGUGCGAGGUGAGUGGGACUUGAUGGAAAAGUGGUGGGGUAUAGAUCUGUCUGUUUUUCCUUAUCCCAUCCUACCUCUUAGGUCUUCCACCGCAGAGAUAUACAUGUAUUUUUUUCUUUGUUUUAGUCUCUCUGAACAGUACAUGUAUAAUCUACUUCCGCCCCACUCUUUGCUUGCUAAUAUGACCUUCCCUUUGCUUUUUGUCCACUUUUAA